GUGGUGAGGACCGUAUCGCUCUGGAUAGUGAACUGCAAAAAGAGAUCAGUAUCAUCUGGCCUUAUCUGCCCCAAAAGACCUUGGACCUACUGGUACCUAUCAACAAAGAUACGGAUAUGACGGUGGGGAAGAUCUACGCCUCCAUGAUGAUAAUGGACUACUUCAAACAGAACAAAGCCAAGAAGCUCCGGCAACAACUUGAAGCUCAGAAGAGUAACUUAAUGUUCAAGCGUCUUGACGCCUCUACACUCCCUGAGGACAUUCUGUCCAACACCCAGACGCUGCCGAUGAUGGCCCACAGUGCUGGCUCAGCCCUGACCAGGGGAGGCUUUGUGGCUCUGAGCCCCAUCUCACCUCAGGAACUGUUUUUACAGCCCAUAAGCUCUGACACAGAGGCUGGUCAGCAGCAGAAUCUGGUAAGAAAAAGCACCAACAUGCGCCUAAAACCAUGCAACCACUGCAACCAUGUCUUAGAGGAGGGAUUCAUAACCUUUUAA